UGUCAGUGUGCAGAGUCCAACAGCUCCACUGUCUUGUUUCUCGGGAGAUGAUUGUCAAAGUAUUUUGCUCCAAGUUCAGACCAGCAGCUGGUGUGCGGGGACCAUGCCCUCGGGGAAGACGGUCAAGUUCAUCCUGUAUGAGGUGCUGCAGUUUGCAGCCCUUAUCGUACCCAUCUUUGUGAUUAUGGAGAGGUUUGCCAGCCUCAUUCGUGAUGUGAAAGGACGGGAUCGCACGGCCUACUGGCUCGUGGUGGCAGCUUCUAUCGCCUAUGUGACCACUGUGACCCUGCUGGUGUGGGUUCCCCUGAAAUAUCUGAUCCUGAAGCGGAAGAGGUUUUUAUCGGAGAUCACACAGUGGAGACCGACAGCGCUGGCGUAUCUCCUCCUGUGUACAUUACCCUGCUUUGCUAUUUUAAUAGCCAGCUCCAAGGUGCAGGUGGACAGAGGGGAAAGGCUUGACCAUUUCGCUGAGUUGCCCAUUUCCUUGGUGCUUUUCUGCCUCAUCUGCGUGGACAUCAUAGAGAGGAUACGCCCCUGCAAGCUCAUCGGACAAUUAGACAGUCUGGAUUCGGACUUUGACAUGCCAGGCCCCGUCCUCACCCACCUGGAGCAGGUGACCUCCGUAACAGGCCAGCUGCAUGCUGAAGAAGGCCAGAACGGUUUGACCCAAGGCCACCCACAGGCCAGGAACGGCAGCACCUCUGGCAGACGGCAGGACCUCGCUGGCUCACCCAGCCACUCAACACCCAGCUCACGAGCUCCCAGCACGGCCUACCUGUACUCCUCAUCGUCACGCCCCCGAUCCUACUCAGGUCCUCUGGGCUUCCUGUGGAAGAGGGACAGAAGGUCAGAGGUGUUUGUGGACAGCUUCCUGUUUUGGUUUGACACUGUGGAGAUGGUGAGAGUGGCAGGAGAUCCAUCAGUCUUCUACUCAGUCUGGGUGUUCCCAGUCUACAUCCUCGCCUUCAUGUCCACUCUCCGCAUGGUCAUCACUCCUAACAACCCCUUGUUGUCUUUUGCUGGAGUCGCUCUGCAGGACUUUCCUUUCUUCAUCAUUCGAGUCGCUCUGAUUGUCGUGUUUGGUUAUGUAACUCCUGUGUUGUACUCAUUGAAAAAUGUGCUGGUGAGCCUGACUUUUAUCUACUUCACAUUCCUGACUAAGCUGAGGAUUUUCAGAAGGCAGAGCAUGUUUUGAGGAGGAGUGGCACAUUCUGUUGUUAAUGAGAGAUCCGCUUUGAUUGUGGAUGGUUGAACAGUUGGUGUAUUUAUGUGUAGGGAGCAGCACCAGAGAAACAUGGAGCUGCUACUGAUGAUCAAGAACAACAUGCUUUGAAUUAUAAUGGCUGCAAGUGUAUUAGAAGGUCAUUCAUCCAAAUCAAAGUGUGGAAAUGAUUCUGGAUUUAAAACAAAAAAAAAAAGCUAUGUAGGUUGGAGUGUACAGUGAGCCUCAUUUUUCUGUGACAUAUUUGAAUCCAAAUGUAUUUAUUGAUGCUUAAUUUUAUGUUAACCUGCUACAUUUUUUAACUGUACCACAUUUGUCAACACACUGCAAACAUUUGUUUUAAAUAAAAUACUG